GGCACCGAGAUGUUCCCCGCGCGAUGGGCGGUCUCCGUUUGCGCGGCCGCGCACUGAGCGGCACGAAAAACCCGUCGGCGAGGCAGUCGCACUCGGCCGAGGAUCGUAAAUCAUGAACAGUCCGCUGUUCGAUGCGCAUCGCGGCAAACAGGGUGAAAACUGUCGGGAAAACAGGGACUGCCGCGAUUGUCGGCGCGGCGCGACGUCGCCACCCCCGGAGCGAUAAUUUACGAGCCCGGCAUUGAGAGUCCCGCGCGUAUAUCGGGACCAUCGGAAGCCGGAGUAGCGGGCGGCGGAGUUCAGUGCGCGGCAAAGUGCUCCAUUUUCUCCGAUGUUCUCCAAUCUGACAAUUCCAUGACCACGUAGUCCAACGCGAAGAACCGUCGCUGUUCGCGAUCGCGACGAGCGUUUCUCCCCCGCGGGGAGAACGUUCGGUGAAACGAUCGCCGGCCAGAAUCGAGGAUCGGUGUCGAGUUGGCUGAUCGUCAUGUGCAGCAACGAGAGUCCGCCGCCGGCGAAGGAGCCGUUGGCCGUUGGCUUGGGUAACCCGAUGGCCAGCUUCCUGCCGGGUCUCGAGCACUAUCGGCUGCACCUCUAUCAUUACGCGAUGGCGGAACGGUUGCGGCUGGCGCAGCAGAUGCAGCACCCCGGCGUGGCUCAUCCGCCUUCGGGGGCGCCGACGGCUCAUCUGGGCAUGAGCCCGGGAUUUCCGGCGCCGCUGCCGCUCUACCCGACGGCCGCCGGGGGUUACCCCAGCCGACUGGCACUGUCCAUGGCGCUGUUGCACCCGCAUCACCAACGGAUACCCGAAGAACCGAAACCCCAGCACAGUUACAUCGGCCUGAUCGCCAUGGCGAUACUGUCGUCGCCGGAGAAGAAGCUCGUGCUGUCCGACAUCUACCAACACAUCCUCGAACAUUAUCCUUACUUCCGCACCCGCGGGCCCGGCUGGCGCAAUUCCAUCCGACACAAUCUCUCGCUCAACGACUGCUUCGUCAAGUCCGGCAGGAGCGCCAACGGCAAGGGUCACUACUGGGCGAUCCAUCCGGCGAAUCUGGAGGACUUCCGGCGCGGCGAUUUCCGUCGGCGCAAGGCCCAACGUAAGGUCCGUCGGCACAUGGGUCUGGCGGUGGACGAGGAGCCGGAUAGCCCUAGCCCGCCACCCUUGCCCGCCACUCCGCCGCCCCCGACGGCGCUCGGCCCUUCGGUGGCCUCGCAACCGAUAUCCGCGAUAUGGGCGCCGCAUCACCACCACCAGCAGCAACAGCAGCAGCAGCAGCAGCAACAGAAUCCCUUCCAGAGCCAGUCCCUUCGACAAUCGUCCUUUCAGCCGAGGAAGCGCCAGUUCGACGUGGCGUCUCUCCUGGCGCCGGAUGAUCAACAACAGAUCGAGGCGGACGUUUUAGGGCCGGCCAAGUCGCGCAGGUUCAGCUGCAGCGAGGACGAGCUGCACGAUUUGCCGGAGGCCGAUCAGGACGACGAGGAUGUCGAUGUCGACGUGGUCGCCGACGCGAACGCCUUACCGUCGCCGAGCACGCCGCCGUCGGCCAGCCCGGACAUGCCCAAAGUCGUGUCUCCGGCUGCUCAUUGGAACCAUCAGAGUGUACCAAGCGGCGGCCAACAGCAGCAGCAGCAGCAGCUAUCGGCUGUACACCUUCACAAUCAUCUACACGUCAGGAAUUACUACAUCCCGGCUAACUCCGCCGGCGGGUCCAGCGUCUAAUGAAGGGCUCGGAAGCAGUCGGUCGGUUCGCGCGACAGGUAGCUGCUCGUGUCUGUCGAGUGUCCACGAUCUUGUCUCUCCUUUUCACCGCGCGCUUUCGAAAACUUUUCGAGUAUUCCAUUACGAUAUGUCCCGCUCGUAUCGCGCUGUUUUCUAAAGACUCGCUUAUUUGGUAGAGACGAAUUUUCUUUCGACAAAAAUCUCGUUAAACCCAUCGUUGUCGAAUGAACGAACACCGAGAGAUUUUUUAACAAUGAGAAACCAGACAAGUCUCAGGGGAAAAUGCGAUAAGUGAUAAAAUCAUAUUUUAACUAAGCUUUAAUAGAAUUCUAAUUGAAACUUAGUUGCAAGGAUAUGCAAUAUUAAAAGGUGAAAAGUCGUCGAGGGGGGAAAUUGUCCCGUUCAAUUAAUGAGUAGAUAAGCGUAAGUAAGUUGACAAACAGCAGAUUCCCUCGGCUUUGAAUUGAGUAAGAGUUCGUCACGGCAAGACAAUGCGGUAAAAGUGAGAUACGCCGUAGGCGAAGAUCUGAGAAUGAUAGAGGCUCUGAGCAAUAAUAAUUGAAUUGUACAAGGACGGUCAUUUAGACCGGUUACAAUGGAGAGCUAUGUUGCACUUUGUAUUAUUUUUAUAUUAUUAUGUAUAUGUUGUUAUAUAUAUAUUUAUGUAAUAUAUUAUAUCAUAUUUAUAUACCAUUUAUAUGUAUUAAUUAUCGAAGUCGCGCGCAUGUUACGAGUGCGUGCUUAGGGUCUGUAUCAUUCUCAGCGCUCCGUAUUUCCAGACGCGCCGAGACGAGGGAAAACGUCUGAAAGGUAUUCGUGAGACGUUUCGAAUUCUCUCUUGGAGGUUUAUAUUUUCCGGAUAUGAAUGUGGCACGCGUAUACAAGAAUGCGCGUAAGAUGACCUCCGACGUGGACAAGGCGGAAAAUUGUCGGGUGUUGUGUGUAUAGCGUGACCACGCAAGAAACGGAUCAAUCUAGUGCCGAUUAUGUUUCUAUUAGCGUCACACGAGGGUCACGCUCUCGCGUGCUAUUCGUACUGUGCGUCUUUGAUCGUUUUACGCUAUUGGCGUUAGGCCCGGGCUACAAUGAGUGGCUAGUCGUGGGUCCAAAGUCGGAACUAUGCGUCGGCCCUGUUUCUUUCGCCCAGAAAGAAAAAGGAUUGACACGUACGAGUUGUUACUCGUUGUAGACCGGGUGUAAAAGCUCUGCGCGUCGGCGUCAAGUUCUGACUCGCUUGCCGUCUGGUUGGGACUUGAACGGGGAAAAGACGGGACAGAAAGUGGAAAGGAGAAUCGUGUCUUUGUUAGAUUUGAAAAUAAUGACCAAAGUUUCAGAUAGACUAUUAAAAAAUUAAUUCGCUUCCACGUUCGACGCUUGAGUCAGGAUAUCCGUACAACAUGAGUGUUCAAAAGAGCCACGAAAGUCUCGCGAAGAUGUUUCAGGAACGUUUCGACUUUUCAGACGUGCUUCAUUGAACUGCGGAUUUUGUCAUUUAGAUGCGAGGCUCAAGUAUCUCAUUUUCCUCCUGAUUAAUAAACGGAGAUUCUCGUGUAACAGAAGCUAGCUUCUUGUCGACGGACAACCGACCUUUCUCUUCAUCGAGCACGAAGAGCGACUCGAGUUUGGCAAUUCGAACGGAGCAAGCUCCGGCUGUGCCCGGAGAACUUUUACGUGUAUCAUAUAGAUAAAUGUCUAAGGAAAAAAUUAUAUAUAGACUGGAGUUCGACGGUGGAAUCUAUAAAGCACACGACGACUAACCGACGGUCGUCGCACGAUCGCCAAUCAUCGUACGACGAUCGACGAUCCCAACGCGGCUCGUUUAUCUUAAAAAUGACAGGCAAACCGUACCGUAAAUAUAUCUUAAAGUUAAUACGCUUGUCUAACGUAAAGCAUCCAUUUAUGAUAUCCAUUGCAGCACCUUUAUAUACCACCGUGGAAGAAGAUAAGUUUAUAAGAGGAAAGAUAUAUGAAACAGAUCCGUUCGACGUCUCCCGAAGUACUUAUAAUUUGCUCCAUUUUUUUUAGACGAACGACUCGCGUUUGUCGCCGACAGAGAUUCUACCGGCGAAUUUAGAAUUUUUUUGUAAAUACGCGGCCCGGUUGCCGGACAGGGCAGCACGAGAAACUGAUGUACGCGGGGCAUUACGUCAGACUGAUUGCGAUCUCCGCUUGUUCAUAGUGUAACAUAAAAGUCGUUUAGGGUCUAACAUAGCGCAUCCCCAUUGUAUAAUCCACGUUGGUAGAGACGGUAAAAAAAAACGAAGAUAUAUAUAUUAUAUAUAUAUAUAUUCUGUACAAACCCGAGUACUCCUCCCCCUCUCCGGUCCUCCCCCUUGUAUAUGUAUAUGUAUAUGUAUCGAUGUAUACGUACCUGUGCGUAUAGAAUUCAGAUACGCGGUUCGCGCGAUCGCGACGAUUAACGAUCGCGUUACCGAUGUCGCACCGAUGAGAAACGCAAGACCAUUUUUUCACAGUUACCUCGUAAGCAUACGCCGGCGGCCUCUCUCUCUGUUACUGUCUCGAUGCAACUGAACUUUAAUAAAGUUUCUGUUCCCACGAA